AUGAAUGCCCCCAGUGCUUUCCAUACUUUCCCCUUCUGCUCCGCAUCAGUUCCCCCUCUCCUUCCCCUCUCCUCGCUGCUCCGUUCCUCUCCUCGCUGCUCCGUUCCUCUCCUCGCUGCUCCGUUCCUCUCCUCGCUGCUCCGUUCCUCUCCUCGCUGCUCCGUUCCUCUCCUCGCUGCUCCGUUCCUCUCCUCGCUGCUCCGUUCCUCUCCUCGCUGCUCCGUUCCUCUCCUCGCUGCUCCGUUCCUCUCCUCGCUGCUCCGUUCCUCUCCUCGCUGCUCCGUUCCUUUCCUCGCUGCUCCGUUCCUUUCCUCGCUGCUCCGUUCCUUUCCUCGCUGCCCCGUUCCUCUCCUCGCUGCUCCGUUCCUUUCCUCGCUGCUCCGUUCCUCUCCUCGCUGCUCCGUUCCUUUCCUCGCUGCUCCGUUCCUCUCCUCGCUGCUCCGUUCCUCUCCUCGCUGCUCCGUUCCUUUCCUCGCUGCUCCGUUCCUCUCCUCGCUGCUCCGUUCCUCUCCUCGCUGCUCCGUUCCUCUCCUCGCUGCUCCGUUCCUUUCCUCGCUGCUCCGUUCCUCUCCUCGCUGCUCCGUUCCUCUCCUCGCUGCUCCGUUCCUCUCCUCGCUGCUCCAACGAUGCCACCGCGCUUUCUCGCUCCCUCAAUCAAUCCCGUCCCUCUCUCACUUCCGUCCUUCUCUCACACCCGUCCCUCUCUCACACCCGUCCCUCUCUCACACCCAUCCCUCUCUCACACCCGUCCCUCUCUCACACCCUUCUCCCUCCCUCCCUUUCCCCUUCUCCUUCCCUCCGUUUUCCCCCUUGUUCUGGCCCUCUGUGGGCGGCAGCAGCAGCCUUCAAGGAAGUGGUGGCAUACCACACACCUCCGACACAGAAGCAGCAGUGGGCGCCAACAGGGGGGAUUGCCAUAGUCAAUGCUGUAGUUGUCACCCUUCUCACUCACACACCCUGCUCACUCACACUCCCUGCUCACUCACCCACCCUGCAGUGCUGGUGAGUGCAGUGCUGGUGAGUGCUGUGCUGGUGAGUGCAGUGCUGGUGAGUGCAGUGCUGGUGAGUGCUGUGCUGGUGAGUGCAGUGCUGGUGAGUGCAGUGCUGGUGAGUGCAGUGCUGGUGAGUGCUGUGCUGGUGAGUGCUGUGCUGGUGAGUGCAGUGCUGGUGAGUGCAGUGCUGGUGAGUGCAGUGCUGGUGAGUGCAGUGCUGGUGAGUGCUGUGCUGGUGAGUGCAGUGCUGGUGAGUGCAGUGCUGGUGAGUGCUGUGCUGGUGAGUGCAGUGCUGGUGAGUGCAGUGCUGGUGAGUGCUGUGCUGGUGAGUGCAGUGCUGGUGAGUGCAGUGCUGGUGAGUGCUGUGCUGGUGAGUGCAGUGCUGGUGAGUGCAGUGCUGGUGAGGCAGUGCAGUGCUGGUGAGUGCAGUGCUGUGCUGGUGAGUGCAGUGCUGGUGAGUGCAGUGCUGGUGAGUGCUGUGCUGGUGAGUGCAGUGCUGGUGAGUGCAGUGCUGGUGAGUGCAGUGCUGGUGAGUGCUGUGCUGGUGAGUGCUGUGCUGGUGAGUGCAGUGCUGGUGAGUGCUGUGCUGGUGAGUGCAGUGCUGGUGAGUGCUGUGCUGGUGAGUGCUGUCGUGUUCUUCUCCCCCGCCGUUCCUCCCUUCAUCAGUUCCUCCCUCUUUUCCACCCUUCCUCUUUUCAUCCCUUCUUCUGUUCCUCUUCAACUGUAUGCAUAA